GAAUCAACAAACAAUGCAACGAACUAGAAUGUGAAAUUUGUUUGGGGCCCUCGAUGAACUUAAGAAACAUUCCUAAAAAUGCACCGUUUUUUCUUCUGCUUUACUGUGCCUCUUCUUUGUCGCAGCAUCGCUGUCAGAUGCACAAAUACAGAAACUAGCCGAAGAACAGAGCUGCUUUCGAAGAUUGGUGAAAUGGAUCUGUCAGUUAAGAACAGUUACGAGAAACACGUAUCCAAUUUUAAACGAUCUUCUUGAACGCAUCGGAAGAAAGGACUUAAUUGCGUGUCUCUCCGAAUUGAACAUGAAAAGUUCGAAGGCAUCGAAAGUGGCUCGCGACGUUCAAUCUGCCGAAGAUUCAGAAGAGGAUCCAAUAACCACAACGAUAUCAGCACAACCGGGCAAAGGGAAGGAUACUACCGUUAGCACGUCAAGCACUAAAAGCUCCAACCAAACAAUUGACAGACUCAGUGGAUAUACCAUCAAGGUAUCGAUAAAAACUGGAGGGAUCGUUCUGAUCUCGACUAUACUUUUAACUUGUUGUUGCACUUUAUUUAUAAGACACAGGAUAGCGAAUGUAUUCAAUAGAAUAUUUGGGAGAAGUAAGAAGACGAAAUCAAAGAAAAAGGGUAAAUAUAUAGCAAUCGACACGGAUGAACCGGGCUAUUAUGUUCGAAAAGCACGGCCAAAGAGGAAACGGGAGCCGUCUUACGAACUGGUGGACAUGGGUACACAAAACACCAUAGCCGUAGUACCCAAAGAACCCGAAGAACCACCGCCGACGGGUUGUUACAAGUGCUACAAGAAGAAAAGAAAGAAAAGGCCGUACAGAUGAAACGUGUAAAUUAACGAAUGAUUGCAUAAAGUUUUUAUUAAACGUUCUUCGUGUUUGUACUAAAGUGUGAUUGUUGUAACGAACGAGCGCACCACUGAAGUUUAUCAACAACUAAUUAAUCACAGAGGAACAACUUUUACUUGUCGCAUACAAUAAAUAAUUUUACCGUAUAAAACAUAGAUAAGUUUUUUUGGCUCUUAUUGUCAGGCAGGAAAUUAUUCAGUGCCGUAUAUUCUUAUUAAAAAAUAUUUAAAUAUUUAAUUUCAUAUAAAUUGAAAUAAAAUGUUGAGAUAUUUUAACGACAUAAACAUAUAUUCUAUUUACAAUAUCUUGUAUUAUUUAACAAGUGUCAAAAACGUGGGGAUUAAUAUUUCACUAUGACACUAAUUGUAAGUAUUAAAUAUAAUUCGACAAUAACUGCGAAGCAUAACUAUAGCACCACCCAUAUUUAGAUAUGUUUCAGACUUUUUACUCGGUACGAAAUAAAUAAAAAUAUGCGAUUAAAAGCAACUUCAGAGAAAUUAACGUAAAUGACAUUAUUUAUCAUAUCUUUCAGCUCAUAUAAUUGAUCUUGAAAGCGAAGGAAAUAACUAUCUUAUAAACUUAUUGCAGCAAGUAGACUAUUUUUUUUUAGCUCACAUUCGACUUCUUGCUUAUUAAUUAAAAGAGUUAAGGUUAAAGAAACAGAAGUCAGUUCUUUUGUUUCGAGAUCGUGAAAUGGUAUCGUUCUAACAUUUGCGAUGAAAAUAUUAUUAAUAGAAUGGUCCACAUGUCUGUGUUUUAUCGUCCUUCUAUCCCAAUACAAAGUGCUUAGUACCAUAGAUGUUAACUUGAGCGAACUGGAAUAUUUAGCUGCACGUCUGAAUCCAUUCGAGUGUCGACGCCUGAUUGCUGCUCUUCAUUACACGAGUUACGAAUUGCCGAAGAGUUUAGCAGCAGCUGAACGUGACGUAGACGACGAGAUCCCCUGCAUUAGACACCUGAUCCAUUGGAACGGUUCUCCAGGCGAUGGCAGAGGUAAAACUCAUGAAGCCCUGGCGCAUAGGCUGCGUCAAAUAAAUCGGAACGAGCUGGCGGACUGGUUGGGAAAAUCUGCAUUUACACAAUUAGGAAAGGAUCUUGGUAGAGCAGUGGUGAAAGCCUUCGACACAAUCAGUAAAGAGGAAACGGAACCUUCGUGA